AUGACGGUCAAAUAUAUUAGAGGAGAUCUUUUCACUCAUAGCGCUCCAACAGGGAAAUCCAUUGUCUUAGCGCAUGCAUGUAAUACCGGUGGAAGUUGGGGUGGAGGAAUUGCAGCUGUUUUUGCAAGAAAGUACCCCAAAGCAAACAGACAGUAUAGCGAGUAUUGCCAUAAGAAUAGCCAUUUACUAGGCACAUCGCUCUUGCUCAAAGCCGAUGACUACGACAAAAGCAAAGCAUAUAUUGCGUGUCUAUUCACAAGUGACUUUAACCAAUCACCAGAGCAAAUAGUAAAAUACACGGAUCAAUCGUUGCAGGAAUUAGCAAAGCAGUUGAAAUCGUUGCCCAUUGAGACACAGAAUGGUAAUCAAGUAGUCAACAUGCCCAAAAUCAAUUCAGGUAUAUUUGGUGUUCCUUGGGAAAACACAGAAGCGGUCCUUGAUAAACUUGACAGUUUAGACUUUAAUGUAUACGUUAUUGAUUAG